CAGAAGCACAACCUUCUCCAUCAAUAUCAUCAUCAUCAUCAUCAUCAUCAUCCUUAAACCCUAAAAACACAAACCGAAACCCUAAUUUUGUUUGUGUUUAACAAAAAAUGGGAGGAAGCGAUAGCGAAGGAGAUCGAUCAGCGCACAAGGAGAAGGAGAAGAAGAAGCUACUGGCAUUGGCUCCGAUCGCUAAACCUCUGGCCGGAAAAAAGCUCUCCAAACGCACUCUCAAACUCGUUCGCAAAGCUGCUGAACAUAAAUGCUUGAAGCGUGGAGUUAAAGAGGUUGUUAAGAGCAUCAGACGCGGUAAUAAAGGUGUGUGUGUGAUUGCUGGGAACAUUACUCCAAUUGAUGUGAUUACUCAUGUUCCAAUAUUGUGCGAGGAGGCCGACAUACCAUAUGUUUAUGUUUCGUCGAAAGAAGAUCUUGCGAAUGCAGGCGCCACAAAGAGGCCAACAUGCUGUGUUUUGGUUCUAACCAAGCCGGCAAAAGGUGAACUUGGCGAAGAAGAAGGACAAAAACUGAAAACAGAAUAUGAUCAAGUUGCUUCAGAAGUAUCUGAACUGACUGCUGGUAUGUUUUAAGCCUACUCACACCUAAACAUGUGUUAUAGACACGUCUUUUAGACCAACCAAUGAAUAUUUAUAUAUUUGGUUGACGUGGCAUUUUUCCUAGAUGAAAAUGGUUCAGGUGUGAAAAUGUUUUGUUAGUAUGACUCAAUGGUUUUAACUAUGUGAAUCAUAUAAGGCAAGAGAUGGUUAUUUACUCAAUUUUUGGCUUUAUCUACCCAUGUGUUAUCGACACAACAUUUUACUCA